AUGUGGUCCAUGUUAUGGGAAUUGGUGGAGGAAUACCGCCAACCUGUUUCAACUUCAAGACACGAUGCAGGUCAUAGCCAUCGCCACGGAAAUGCAAAUGCUGCUCAGAAUCGCCAAAGAGAAGCCCUCCGCCAAACCGCCCAGGAGACCCUGGAUCUUCUCCCAGCGCUCUUGAGCCACCUCAGCUCCGGUCGCGAGGCCUACAGAUCGCAGAAAGUCUCGUUUCGUUCCCUCGCCAGUUUGCGUCCCAACGACUGCCCUCGUCUGGCAUCCCCCGCGACGAUCAAAGUCAUCAACGACGAUACCCUCAACGUCGCCGUCAGGCUGGUUCAGGCAGCGCGAGCACAGCGCCACGACUCAUCCCUGCUGAGCCCGCGCCCGAUCAUCGUCAACUUCGCCAGUCACCGAAAACCAGGCGGCGGUUGGUUGAACGGCGCGAUGGCACAGGAGGAAGCCAUCUGCUACCGCAGCUCGUUGGCGCUCAGCCUCAACAGCAAGGAUUACCCGCUUGGCCUCGACGAGUCGAUUUACAGCCCCUACAUCCUGGUGAUACGCAAUGACCUGGCCUCCGGACACCUCCUAAUGGCGCCUUCUACCCCGCCAGAGGAGCUUCCUGUCGUGAGUGGGAUCACCAUCGCCGCUCUCUAUCGCCCUGCCCUUCGCACAAUAGUGGUGGCAGAGCCUCAGAGACGCCGGCGUGUCCACAGCUCGCGUUCACGCUCCCAUUCACAUUCGAAUUCACAUUCACAUUCGAAUUCCCCGCUCUCUUCUCCCACCCCGUCCCCCUCCCCCUCUCGUCGGCGUACACAACAAGUGUAUGCGCGAGACACGGACCGCAGCCUUACAAAAUCGAAAAUGAGGCUGGCUCUUCGUAUCGCAGCAACCAAUGGCCAUGGCAUGUUGGUUCUAGGCGCCCUGGGCUGCGGCGUGUUUGCCAACCCGCCUGCGGAGGUUGCGCAGUGCUGGCUCGAGGUCCUGAGAGAGCCCGAGUUUGCCGGGAAUUGGUGGCGCGAGGUGUGCUUUGCUGUCUACGACCCCAAGAACGAAGGGAAUUUUGCCAUUUUCGAGCGUGUGCUCGCAGGGAAGAAGGUCUGA